GCUAAACACAAGAUUUUAUCAACACGGUGAGAUACAAAUAAACACUGCCAUUACGGCUACAACAGUGUCCAGAUAGAGGCUAACUCGUCACAUUAAUUUAACAACUGACUCAAAGUAGGAAAGCGUGAUGAAUAACAUUUCUUUGUAACUACAUCAGCAGCAGAAAGUCGACACCUCACAAGAAUUUGUAGGACUUCCUUAAUCAUUGUGGAAAGACUGGAAACUACCGGAGCUGACAGCUGCUUUACACGCUCCCUCCUGCACUUUCUGACAUGGCGACUAAGCUCGUGUUGAAGUUUUUCCGUCCCCCCGUGCUCACACAGCUGGCGUCCCUGUCCCGGGGGAAGGCGGCGGCUGCAGCUGGGAUCAGGUAUUUCUCCAGUGACCCGCCACAGGAGAACAUCAGUCGCUAUCCAGUUCCUUACAAGAAAGACCUACCCUUUGAUAUAGUGGCGCUUAUGGAGGAAGUUGAGUCAAAGGGAGGCUUUUUGCCCAAUGUCUUCAAAGUCCUGUCUCACAGACCAGCAGAGUUCAGAGCCUUCUUCGCCUACUACAAUGAGCUCAUGAACAAGGAGACAGGUAGAUUGACCAAAGCCGACCGUGAGCUGAUUGUAGUGGCCACCAGUACCCACAACAAGUGUCUUUACUGUGUGAUCGCCCAUGGUGCAUUGCACCGCAUCUACUCAAAGAAACCCACUCUUUCUGAUCAGGUUGUUGUUAACUAUAAGAAUGCAGAGCUGUCACCACGGGAGCGCGCCAUGCUGGACUUUGCCAUGGCCGUGUGUCGCUCCGACACCAUCACAGAGCAACACUUGGAGUCUUUGGAGAAAGUGGGCUUUGACCGCGAGGAUGCGUGGGACAUCGCUGCCAUCACUGCUUUCUUUGCCAUGUCCAACCGGCUCGCCCACCUCACUGACAUGAGGCCAAACGUCGAGUUUUAUAACAUGGGCCGUGUACCUCGGGACAAGAGCAAGGACAAAGGGAAAGAGAAAGGGGAGUAGUGUUACUGACAAGACAAUCAGAUGUCAUUCUUUAUUUUUGUCUCUUUCUCAUGUGAACAUGUGGUUUCUUAUUUAUGCUUAAAUGAGGAGCAAUAUCAGAACUAAAGGUGUCCAACCUGAGCUGCAAUUAAAUUGAACGCCAACACUAGGGAUGGGAAUUGAUAACAUUUGUCAAUCCUUUAUUGUUUCCAUUAUUGAUUCCCGAUACUAUUUCUGCCUGGGAAAAAAGUAAGCCCACAUGGGUUUUCAGCGUCAGUGCAACAAUUUUAUUUUCUCUGACUUUGUACACAGUGUAAAAACGGUAGAAAAAGGCACGUGACAGCCUGCCAUCGUCUAAAAUGGAUUAAAUAAGAAAACAUUUGUACAGCAUACAUCGUCAAUUAGAUUUUCUUAGUCAAAGAAAAACCUGCUAAGCCUGCCUGUGUGGUGCUAAUGUUAACGUAACAGGAUAUUUACCCUCGGUAACGUGCCGCUCAGCUGGGAAGCAGUGGCUCUUUUGCAACGAGUGUCAGGCUACAUGCCAUUUCUGGAAUUUAAGCCCGCGUUGCAUAGAGAGAUGUUUCCGCAUAUUGCUGGUGUUUCCAUCCUCAGCUGAAAACAUCAUCUUAUGGACAAUACAAGCAGCACUGUUGAAAUGAAGCCAUGUUAUGGAUCGUUUCCUUGUCACUGCCAUGAUUCCUUGUUUCAAGUUUCCAGCACUAUGAGUUUGGCAUCGUUUUGCAAUGCACAUUAUCAGAAAAACAUGCCGUCUAUGAUGAAAGGAAUUAAUAAGCUCUAGCCCUUUUUACGCCGUCGGUUCAAAGUGUGAAUAUCACACCUUCAUGAUGCCUUGUGCUGUAUUUAAGGUACGAUCAUGGAAUCGGGGACCAGAGUGGUCUUGCCUUUAAUCUUCCACUUGAGGUAGUAACAAUGCCCAAACAGUGUCCGUAUAAACCGGACAGUCUGUGGGAUGGGAUCAUGGGUGGCACGGUUCUAAUAUAAUGUUUAGACAACAUGUCAUGUGUGCAACCCAAUGCGGGAGAUUAAAAAAAAAUAGCUGUUAGCAGUUAGUGGCUAACUCAGAAAAAAAGAACAGCGGCUGUAAAUUGGAAAAACAAUGAGGCCAUCAGCCGCCACAUAACAGGAAUGGUAAAUGAUUGCUACUAACACGUUAAUGCUGUUGUUAUUGUAUAGAAAGUGCUGCCAAUGCACAUGUUACACACCACACCAGAGGCCAACACUGCAUUACCACACAUCACAUCUGCCGCAUCCCUCUCGAUUCCACAAAGAAUGAUGCUGCCUUCGUUUAAUUAUGUGUAAAGAUUCAAAGGAGGCAUUGAGAGUGGACUUCGUAGUGGCUGUAUAGUGCGAUCUCUGUGUAAAAUGGCUUCUGAGGCAUAUAUGAAUCUGAUGCGUUCACACAAUUUGGAAGCGGUUCUCAAUGCCCAUACCUAGAUAACACUGGAAUUAGUAAGUUUGUCCUGAGAUGAAAAUUUAGGUUCUAAAGUCGCUUGACUGAGCCAGGGUAGGCGUGGAGAACAACUUGAGACUGACAUGGGAAGGAAGUGAAGUAACUGACCUUAUUGAUAUUUUAGCACAGUGGUUCUCAACUGGUUGGUGGUGGUCCAAAAGUGCAUAGCAGGUCCAUUCUGAAUGGACCACAAGUGACUCGCAAAUGCGUCGAGUCUGUAAAAAAACAUUUUAUUUUGAAAUACAGUGAAUAUCUGGCGCAUAGCUUUUAUUUUGAAGUGCCAUUCCCUGCUGUAGAGUGAAUGAAUAACGGACAGUCACUUGGCAGUGACAGCAAACUAGCUUGACGACACGGCCAAACUCAAGUAUGAAGCUGAGAGUAUUAAACAGUGGACCUUGAACUAAUGGCUAAGGAGAAAUCUGGACCAGAUGGGAACCACUGUUUUAGUCUUCUUCAAAUCAAUCAAAAGUCUCCUACUGUAUCCAAAGUGUUUUUGCUGGCACUCCAGUUUGAACAGAGCACUUAAAGCUCCCUCAGUUUUCUUUACAAUCCUUACAUGUGAGAAUGUUAAAUAUAUGUGACUCUGUCUUGGUCAUUUAGAUGACGAGAGCAAGAGAGAGGCAGUUUUGAGUUUGAUGUGCACCUUCUUGUGUGUUGAUGGGGCAGACAUGCUUUUGCUGGUGUAUGAUUUCUCAUUGUGUGUAACUGUAGUCAUUACAUGUGCUGAUUUACCUUGUCAUUUAGAAUUUAAGGUGGCUCAAGUUGUUCACUGGACACUUGCCACAUGGUGGGGAAAAGUUACUCUUUUGCAGCUAGUUGUCCAUUUACAUAAAACUUUAUGGAACAAUGUCACAGUUGUCUUUUAACUUCUUUGUUUAAAACCUAUGAAAAAUAAUCACAUGAAUCUCAAGCCAGCUCUUCAUUUCCCUGUUCUCCAGUUUAAUGUGCUCUGUGUUAUGAUGUGUGGCUCAAUGCGCUGCUAGUGCGACAUCCAGGAAGAGUGUUAAAUUACAAGCAUUGUUCAUGCAGCAGUGAAAGCUUGUUAUAAAUAAGCUGCUUCCUUCAGGCUUCCUUUUAUUUUCUAAAUAAACUGUUUUCUUGACCAUU